AAUUUUCAGGAAAUACUAGCCAAUCAAGAGUUAAGUGCAGCUGAUGUUCAACGUAUCAAACAGAGGAGCGGGGAGCUCAAAAAGACUUUAUCCAAACUUGAAGAAGCAAGCGACAGUUUGGAUCAAGAAAUUUGGGAGAAAGAAAUGAGCUAUGCUCGACGACAUGAACAGGUACCAUAUUCAAAAUAACAGUGGUGGACUCUAAUGGGGAGGGGGGGCAACCCCCUACUAUUUUCUGAAGGCCUUUGAAUGGAGGUUGAGUAACUGUGUAACAAGGCUAUGACAAUAAUUUUGCUACUAUGAAAGUAUAGAUAUGCAAAAACCUGCGGUGUUUGAUAUAGAGUGACUCUGAAGGCGCUAUUCUGAUAUUCUCAGAUGUGAUUGAGGCGAAAGGACAAUCAAAUUGAAUUGCAAGAACUGGACCGCAGAUGUGAAAGGCAUGCGUGUUGAUUGCUGCGCUGUGCGAGGGAGAUACAACCAUUGAUAUCUUAUAUACACUAGAUAGCGCAUCUAAUUAUUCUGCAAUUCAAAAAUUGAAGCCGUGAUUGCAGACUCAGGAUAUUCCCAUGAAGUGAGAAGACUCGUAUGUUUUCUAUUUCUUAAACAGGGAACUUAAACAUUAAGUGGACCUUUCCCCUUAUAACUAAAAUUUCGAUCUAGACAAAAAUUUCACCGCAGCUUGAAAGAGCAUCACAAAAUUAGUAAUAUUCCAAAGUUUUGUUGGAAAAUCUUGUAAAAUGCGGAUAAUAUAGCCUUGCGAAGUUUGCCGUUUUUCAGUCAUUUUGUAUUACAAACGGGAAAUUGACAUCCGAUUCGGGUGUUGGGCUGCAAUUUCCAAGGCUCUAUUUUCCUUAUUUUACAACAUUUCGCAACGAAACUUUGGAAUAUUACUAAUUUUGUGAUGCUCUUUCAAGCUGUGAUGAAAUAUUUGUCUAGACUUGCCUAGAUCAAAAUUUUGGUUAUAAGGGGAAAGGUCUGUUAAACCUAUUCCAAAUACAUUUUCAAACUAUUCAAAUGAUGAAAGUUAUUGUUGUUUUUUAAGCGUUUAUUAGCGAGUGGGAAACUCCAACAUGGCCGCCAUCUAUUCAAAUGGGGGUAACCGCUGGAAUAUUCUUGGCUUCAAUUUUACUUAAGAGAUGCGCUAUCUAGUGUAUAUAAGAUAUCUAUGGAUACAACCACAUGUACAUGAAAAAUAUAAACAGAACUCAGACGUUCUCGGGUUUUGUAUUUAUUUAUUGAGGUGUUGUACCUCUCACACCACAGCUGUCUGUUAUCGUCGCUACUCCUACACUGGCACUGACAGUUCGAGAUGUGUGCAGAUUUUAUAUGGGGUCUAUGUGGACUAGAAUUGAACCUUGAAACCAAACUACAAAUGGAGUACGAGGCAGACCCUGACCCGAUAGCAAGUUAGGGACCGGUCAUUAUUUAUGGUGGGGGGUGGCACCGAAGAGAAAUGUUUUUCAUGGCAAAAUUUUUGCUUACCCAACCAUUAAAAAGUAAAAAAUUUGAUUACCCAACCUCAAAUAUCAAUUAAAAAAUAAAUACUCACCCCUGGCCAAAAACUUUACAAAAAGGUACCAUUCAGUUGUCACACAUGUCCCUUGCCACUUCUGUGACAUGAGUUUGAUAACGGAUUGUGAAUUUUUUUGCAGACUAAAGUUUCAUGUUGUCUGCACAUGUACUUUCUUUGGAGACACCAUUUGUCUCCCAACAAAUUGAAAACCAGUGAUCAAGAUAGUGACUCCGAUUGAUUCACAUAUUGUAUUGACAUAUGACUGUUGACAUUGCUUUUUAGUCUCCAAUAUUUCAGUGAGUCAUGCUUUGGAAAUUAUUAUUACCCAACCCUUGAGUUGUUUUGUUUUUCAUUUACCCAACCUUUUACUCACUCAAAAUUUUGUUUACCCAACCCUUUUCUCUUCGGUGCCACCCCCUGCCAUAAAUAAUGACCGGUCCCUUAGCAUUAUUUUUAGAAGGGGCGGAUCUACCGAGGGGGUGGAUGGGUGCGUACCGUACCUAGUGGUGUUUAGCCCUUUCCCCCUAGAGACGUCCAGCACCACCCUAAAAAUAUUUGCUUGAUCAUACAUUUUCUGCUUUUCGAAUAGCGAUGAGCGGAACUUCGUGUCACAUUGGGGAGGUUCAGAUUUGACUUCCACUACUGCUACCGCUACUAUUAAGGGACCAUUAACCAAUCAGAUGCGUUUUAGUAUAUGCGAUCAACCAAUCAGAUGCAUAAUAAGCCAGUGAGAGGUAUUGAUAUAGUAGUUACUUUAACAAGAAAAUUUACUUUACUGUGCUGUGUUGUGCUACAACAACUGUCCAAUCACGCAUACAGGUACGUGAUGAAAAGCCAAUAUACAUGUAGAUUUCGUAAACAAAAAGAUCAUUUAAAACGUAACAGAACGGCAAACAUGCAGAUUCGGCAAUCUCAAAUCAUAGUAAUCUUUGGAUAGUAGCGUUGCAGACUGCAGAGGGGAGUGGGCAGUAAGGCUUCAUCAUGCACCGUGGAAAAACAUCAAACUUUUUGUCCGUGAUUGUACCUCCACCCCUCCACAUGGUUUUGGAGAUGUAACUCCAGAAUUCUUUAUUCAAAAUUUUUAAAGUGAUUUAUGAAAAUUCUAUGAAAUUAUAUGAAAAUUCUAUGAAAUUAUAUGAAAAUUCUACUGUUUGAACUUUGAAUAUUCACCAAACAAUUAAAAGUUUUAUCAUCCAAUAUAAAAAUAUUUAUCUUUGCCCCAUAUCCAGGUGCUUGCUCAAUGUCAGGACUAUAAUGAAAGAGCAUGUAAACUGAAGUUGAUCCCAAGUACGGCAGAGAAUGCAGCUGGAGUAGACUACGAACUUAAGUGCCACCUUGGAAGAAUGACUUUAGACAUUAAAAAUCAGUUAAAGGUAUGGAUAUGAAAGGAAUAUAUUUUCCCUCAUUUAAUCACUAAGAUAGUAAGAAGUACUGUAGUUUUGUGAUAAAAUAUUUAUUUCUAUACAAUGCCAUAUUUUAUAUGAGAAUUAUAGAAGUGUAGUAACAUCGCAAAUUUUUUAAACUAAUAAUGUGACCAAUGUAUAACAAUUUAUGUGACAAUAUCAUGUGAACAAAACAUUAAACCCUGUAUCCGGUCAUUAAACUCUCUGUGUGGCUCAUUAUUAAGGAGCCAUAGUUUGGUUUUCUGACCUGUCAGUGAUAUCAUAGUCUUUCAAAACAUGGUUUGGAAACUCCGCUAAAGUCUUUGUUCUAUCAUUUUGUUCGCGUUUAUGCAGUUUUGUGCACGGUCAAUGAGCACAUUGUAUUUCAGUAUAAUGAACGAAUCGUCCAAUAGCAAUGUUUCAGUUCAGUCAUUCAACCAUGCUAUUUAAAUAUUAAUAAACCUAAAACAAAGGAUGUGCACGGUGUAAGGUACGGCUCAACAUAAAAUCCCAGACCAUGUCUCGAAAGAUUAUGGUGAUAUAUCAACACAUAUUACUGUAGUCUCUGCAACACUAUGUUUCAUGCAAUAUCAAGAGUUUUUUACAGGUAAAACAGAUGAUGUCCGUAACAUUUUAUCUAAUGUCCGUAACAUGGCAUUUAACCAAUAAAAAUUGUACAAGUGAAAUAAGUUGCAAUAUUAUUUCUAGUCUGUUUUAAAUUUGAAAAGUAGUAAUUGUUUGUGGACCAUUUCAGAUUCACAGAAAUUAAGAUGUAUAAUUAUGUAUUUAGCUGUAAUGUCCCGUAACCACUCUUUAAACCAUUGGAUCAAGGGAAAAUAAAUUGUUGUUGUUGUUGAUGAUGGAAUGAUUCAUGUUUUCUUUAGCCCAGCUUGCUGCGCUUCAAACAGCAGAUUACUGAAUGUUGUUGCCGAUGUGAGUCCGAACUGAUCAACCUUCAGGAAAAACAUGACGUGGUAUGAAUAAUCUUCGUUUUCUAAUACUUUCCAUCGGGUAGGGAUGGUGCAUACUAUCACAGAAUAAGAAGGUACAGCAGAAGUCUCACUCAAGCAAGUAUAUGUCCGCGUUUUUACAAGCGAUUCGUCAUCAAUCACACCAUCCUGGCUAGUACAACCGGCACUUUGUACCUACCAAAACCUGAUAAAACCUUCCGGUUGUACUAGCCAGGAUGGCGUGAGCGAGUUAAAAUUUUCGUGGACGUAAAACAAUAAAGGAAUUGACUCAAGUUACACUUCUGCUGUACCUUCUUAUUCUUGUGAUACUAUACUGUAGGUGAAGUUGUCUAAUCUAGGAUGUUUAGUGUGCAUGAUAUUAUAUACAUGCGUGUAGAUUUUAUAUUUGUAGAGGUAGCCAAACUUUGAAAGGAAGUCAGGUAGGCAUGUGGAGACCACCAAGCACACCAAACUAGUAGCCUGAGGACGAGAAUGAAUCUGGAAAUCAAACUGUAAUUGAUGUCCCACUUGGGGGCAGAUCCUGCCCCGAUAGCUUUGUGAAUUUGUCUCAAUAGCAAUUUUAGCCUUAUUUGUAGAUUAUUUUUGGAGUUGAAGAUGAUAGCUGAGCUAGCUUCACUCCUUUCACAUGGUUUCGGAGAUGACCUGUAACCCCAGUGCUACUGUAGCACCUUUUGACUGCGGAGGUAGCGUCGCUCCACAGCUUCGUAACUUUUCCAGCCAUGUGAUAUUGAGAUAUUUUGCAAAGGCGCAAAACUAUUCAUCUCAUUAACAGAUGCAAGAACAGAUUUCUGAAAAAGAAGAAGAGGUUAAAUUGUUUGAAGCGAAGAUUGCCGCGUCGGAAAAAGAAAUUCAAUGGAAAAAACAAGUACGUACACAAAGCCAUUGUUGUGUAGAAUCGAUGGUACAGUACAAUAAACAUGGUCCAUAUAACCAUGGUUCGUAUAACCAUGGUUCGUAUAACCAUGGUCCAUAUAACCAUGGUCCAUAUAACCAUGGUCCAUAUAACCAUAGUCCAUAUAACCAUGGUCCAUAUAACCAUGGUCCAUAUAACCAUGGUCCAUAUAACCAUGGUCCAUAUAACCAUGGUCCAUAUAACCAUGGUCCAUAUAACCAUGGUCCAUAUAACCAUGGUCCAUAUAACCAUGGUCCAUAUAACAAUUAGUCGCUGAAGGCGAGGUGAUUACAAGCCUAUAUUCACUGAGCUUCGAAGAAGCGAAGUGAAUAUACAUGUAGUCUUGUGAUCACCAAGCCUGAGGUGACUAACUGUUUUAGUAUAAAUUCAGUAUUGAAAAAUAAUAAUACUGUAUAUACAAACGUUGUAAAUAUAAUUUACUUCACUCUUCCACUUUUGAGUCAAACGAAUCCAGUUGUCGGAACCUUGUCGCCCGAUUCUGUUAUUUUCCAGUUUUAAAUUGCCAAAUAAAUUAUUUUAGGCAUCUAAAAGGUGCUUUUGUCGCCGAAGGCGAGGUGAUUAUCGGUGAAUAAAAACCGAGACGAAGUCGAGGUUUUUAUUUACGAUAAUCACCGAGCAUGAGGUGAAUAAUUGUUUUAGUAUAAUUUCAUAGGUGAUUAUUUGGGGGGGGGGGGGGGGGGGAUGAAAAAUACACAUUUCUUCGUCAUUUAAUUGACAAAACGGCUUCGGCCGCCAUUUCGAAAAUCGCUUAGGUGAUUAUCGCCUUAUAAUCAACUUAACCGCAACCAAUCAGCGUGGAGAAUUUUCAAUAAUCACCUAUGUAAUUAUACUAACUCCUUAUACAUAUAGGAAUUGUACGUGCCUUUAAUUUCUUAAAUUUUUUCUUCCACGAUUUGUUUGCAAGUUGAUUUUCGGCAGCCAUUUUGUUUUGAAAGCAAUAGUUGCUCUGAGCAGUAACUGUUGCCUCAGAGUUACUGCUGAGGGAGCCAAUCAGAAUGCUUGAAAGCCAUUUUUCAAUACUGAUUUUAUACAUAGUUUUAUACUAAAUAAUCAUAGUCCAUGCAUAUUAGAGCUACUCUCAUUGGUUCGUUAUUUAUUCGUAUUGUGAAUAAAUCUAGACCAUCAGUGACCUAGACACGUCGUGUGUUAACGAUUUUAUUUGACAGCCAAUGGGAGCGGUAGUGGUACAAGAGAAAUAAAAUAAAAACAAACAAUUCGCGUUUGUCAUUUGUUCACGUCGACAAUACCAUACAAAAACGCGCAACUUCUAAGACAAACUCACAUCGGAUUUGUACCAAUGCUGUUUCAACAACAGGUCGUAAGGCUUGUUCCCAGCUUGUUGAUAUGACACCUCUAGGGGGAGGGUAAGGUCGAGACCAUGUCUCUGGAAAACCGUCGAAUUGGACUAGGUUUACAGCAGUUCAUGCCGGCAUCUGUAUUGCGCUAAAGCUCAUUCGAUAUUUUUCGCGGCUUUCCGAGUUUGCGCCGACAUUUUCAUUCAACCAGGCACGCCAUCAAAUUGAUCAAAAUGCCACGUAUGUAACAACAUUGAAAAUUAAAGCUACAGUAUUUCGUCUGAAAUAAUACUAAUACGUUGAGGGAAAUGACUGAGAAUAAUUUUCAUUCCCCCCAGAAUUUUGGCAGUCAGAAGGCGUCCUUCUGGCGAAAAGCGUGCUCCUGAAUACUAUGUACAGUACAGUGGAUCCGCAGAUUAUCAGCUUUCAAACACCCAGGUCCUGAUUUUACGGACUAUUUUGUUUCUAGCAAUACGAUGAACAACAGAGUAAACUGUCUGGCGAGGUUGAAGAAAUGCAGAAUAAGAUAGACAGGUUGAGGCUAGAAAAUCAAACUGAAGUCUCGGAAAAACGAAAACAACUGGAGGAAGCCAAAGAAAGGUUUGCAAGAAUGUCCGAGAAUAAACCAAUUUCCUGUGUUGCGCCAUGGAUAGUUAUUUUAAUGAACCAUGGUUGCAUGUAAAAUCUCUAUACAAAUGUUUAUGAGUGCAAUGGUAAAAACAUUUUCAUGAGGGGAAAGAUGGAAUUCCAUCAUUCACUGAAUGAAAAUACUUUACUGUUCCACGUUUUACUUGUUUCAUAUAUCACCAAAGUAUAAUUAAAUACAAAACAAAUGCAUACAAAUCCAAGAAAUGUUUCAGUGAAGAGUUAAUGUGAUAUAACAUGUGACAUUGAUUUAACUCAUCAUUGUCGUAAAAAUACUAAUUUUAGUGGUUUGCUUUCAACUAGAAUUAAAUUUCAUCAUUUGGGUUACACCAGCUAUUAAAGGAUAUACGAUUAAGGUUUUGACGGAUGUAAUUUAAUGAGAACAAAACCGUGCAAUGGUACGAAAAUGCGUUCCAUUGCACGCUCAGCAAAAUUGUCAUUUUUAUUCCAUAUCACAUGAUCCUAAUUAGCCAAUUGAAUGACCAGAAUUUAAUGAGGUGUUAUAUAAAACGUAUAUACCGUGGUCCCAUUGCCAUUGGGUAUUAGUUAUCGUUAGUCUGAAAAUCUAACUCCCUUUUUAGAUUAAGGAAGAGAAAAGUUGAGAUGGAGCAUGAAAGACAACAAUAUGAAUUGUUUCUCAGUGCCGCUUGUGAUCUAGUAAUUGAACAUAAGACUGUCAUUCAGGUAUUAACUAUAAUGUAAGCUACUGUAGUAAGCUUUUUUCAUACCAGGUAGCUCUAUCAGUUCUGUUUUGGCUGUUCUAUUAAGGACCACCCCUUUCUGGUGUUAUUACUUAUUACAGAUUUACACAACCUCGUACCCAGGGCAUUUUGCUUCCGGUCAGCGAAAAUGGCCCUGGCAUCGGCCGGUCACAUGACCUCAAAAUCUCCAGUAUUUGGGGUGUUCAAUUAUGAUAAUUUAUGCGUAUAAGUACGUAUAUAGAAUAAUUAUAUACAUUGUAAUUAUUGACAGGAGUAAACAAACUCAAUGCUGCGUAUAUAAUCAAAGAGAAAGCAACAAAAUAAGUUGACUUUAUUCAGUUUUCGUUGUUUACACCUCAUUCAGCAACAUAUGCAAACAUAGCCCGUAAUAUUGAUGAGUUAAACAUAUUCGGAGCCUGGUUAUCUUGUGAUUCAAUUCUUAAUGAAUAACUAAACAAAACCGCUUCAGCGUUUGGUUUAUAUAAAUCGUGUUUAAUAUGAGCAAAAUACAUUUGCAUCACAAUCUUUAUUUGACUAUAACGCUGUACGUUUCUUGAAAUCAACGAUGUGUAAACAACGCAUGUGACAAAUGUAUGUUGAACCGAAGCAAAUACUCGUCUAUACAAAAUGUACAAAGACUUAAUUUGGACCAAAUUGUUUUUUGAUGUAUUGUCCUUCCCUAAUUCAGGCGGUAUCUCAAGCCAAAUGUUCAAAAUCUUAUUUACUCAAUACUUUAGUCCUUCAAGAACUACCAAAAUCAUAAUUAUUCCCACAUACAUUGAAUAAUUACAUUCAAAAUCAUUGACCAAUCGCUGGCAAUCCAACCCCGGAAGCAAAAAGCCCUGGGUACGAGGUUGAGAUUUACAAUGUACUCACGGGCUUUAGGACCAAUGCAAUUUGACAACAAUAGUAUUCUAUCUAAAUAGCAGUUAAAGUAAAGUGUACAGCUUCUCAGUAAAUCCGCCAUAUUUAUUUACAUUAGAACCCAAGCUUUCGCGGCUCACACGAAAUAUUACGUCAGAGAUUUUUCACUAAUAAUAGGAUCAUCCAAUUAUUGCAUCGUUCGAAGCGAGAGGAAAGUAUGCUUCCAUAUAUGGCACAAACGUGUCCCCAACUUCCUUAUAUGGCACAAACGUGUCCUUAAAAUUUUUUAUCGAGGCCGUUAUGGUGUCAUAAGAUUCCUCACGAUUUGAGCAGGUCACGUGGUACAGAACCCAGACAGCUGACUGGAAGCUGAGGAGACAGCUGCAUUAUGGCAAUUGCAGGGUUUCACUUAAAACCCGUUUUCAAAAUUUCGCGACAUACACGAAGAUAAUCCUAGUUUAAAUGUCAGUUCAUGUCACGCGAAAUUAAAAAUAGCAAACGUGAACAAAAAAUAGUUUCAACCAUGUUUAAUUAAUACGUAACGAAGAAUAUUGAACAGAAGUAAAGGUAGAUCCACUGAAAAAAAACAACAGGCCGUCACAACAGGAACCUAUAUCGUGAAUGACUUGGAAAGUUUAAAAAAAAACCCACAAUUUAACUGUGCACAGUACCAACGCGGAUGUGCUAGACUAUUACGGUUCCGUAUUAUGAUUUUAUUGGGCCUAAUUAAAUUUUGCAAUAUCAUUAUCUUAAAUCUAUUUAAACUUUUUAUGUCUGACAUACAAAGCAAUUUGUAGUUCGUAACCGUGCUGUGAAAACGGUUUGGUUAAAAUAACCAAGUCGAUUGGUUGUCUCAGAUACAUUCUUUUCACCAAUAUCAUUUCAUAAAACACCCGAAAAAUUGGUUAAAAUAACCCAAAAAAUUACUGGUCAAAUAUGUUCAUCUGAGACAACCUAUUCAAAUUGGAUAUUUUGAAGAAUCUGUUUUUACAGCAAUAUAAAGCUGAUGUGUCAGCUGUAAUUUUUAAAAACGGGUGCAUGCAACACCCCUACGACAUGACGAAUUCUUGGUUAGUUUUUUGGAGUCGAUUCAAGUGCACUUGGCCAGGUUUCAAAUAGACGACACCGUUUCUUAAUGCACAAUCAUGCAUUUCCUGUUUCCAGAACCGCAUUGGUGAGGUAAAGAAAGACAUGUCAGAAUUCGCGGAAUUUGCGGCAAACCUUCCUCCAGUCACUUCAAAACUCCUUACUGAGGAAGAUGUCGACAGAAUACUGGCAGAGAACGAAAGAAACCAUCCAGAAAAAAAAUUGGACACAAAAAUGGAACCAGGUAAUGAUGUCGGUGGAGUUUGCAUAACACAUAUCCUAAUGAUUAUGCCAUUCAUCACGAUCAAAUGAUCGUAGUAAUGUUCAUUAUCUUUUACCGCAUACUUACCCGCGUAAGCCCUGCCCUGGAUUUCAGCGCCUCCCACCGAUUAAGCGCCGCAGAAUUAUCAUAAUUAUGACUGCAAAAUUGUUAAAACUAUUACACGCCCAACCGCGGAUGGAAAACACCCUGGGUGCGAGGUCGCAAUCUUUAACAAAGUCUCGUAACGUUUCUCUCCUGCACUUCAGUGUUUUUUUAUGUUCUAUUUUGAUGCUGAUAUUUCUUGUUAUCGCUUACAAAUAAAUCAUUUUAUAAAGAGCGCCGCCCUCGAACAAGCGCCGCAUUCGUAACACUAAUUCGUAAAUUUAAAGAGCACGCUUAAACAAGUAAAUAAAGUCAUACUGUUUCCUGUGCCAUCCACUAAUUCACUGUUUUACUCAUUUCAAGGCCCAAGUAAGCAGCCUAUUCCCGACGAUGAGAGGUCAAAAGAAGAAAUGGUCGAGGCAUCAUGUGCUUCUGGCAACUGAGUAGAACUAAACUGAAGUAUAGGUGAACGUAGCUGAGCAAUAUUAUACAUAUAUCCAUUAUCAUUUAUGUAUACAUAGUUUUAUAUUUCUUAUUUUCAUUAAGGAACUGCAGUGAAGGUGGACGGUGGACCAAAACUAGGAAUAUAUUUAAUUUAUGAUUUCUGCUCAAAUGUUCCACCGCCUCCUCCAGAAAGUGGAUGGCGGAUUGUGUUUAAAAACUCUUUGGUCUAGCUAACACUAACACUGAUACUGUAACAUACAUAUGUAGUAGAACCUUCCCAAGGGAAGCGAAAAAUUAUUCGAGUUAGUGGGCGUUUGCGGGGUGGGUGUUGGAUUUGUUUUAUCAUGUUAAUAAUUAAUACGGUACAGUUGUUUUAUUAUUCAUCAAGUUAAGCAGUAUACCUGUCAGCUAGAUCAUUAAUGAUCGACGCAACUUCUUGAACCUUUUAUUACGUUAGCGAGAGUUCGAGUUAAAGCGAGUUUGAGCUAACCGGGUUAAAAAUUGGGUCAAAUCCAGUGGAAAUUUGAUUUAGUUCGAGUUAGCGGGGUUCGACUGUGUACUACAGUAUAAUAUGAUUGUAAU